AUGUCGCAAAUGCUAGAUUUGACCUCGAAUGUGUCGCCGUCGCCGUUUUUGUCGGCCCAGCUCAAACACAACAAAGAAACGGCUGUGCAAGAUAUCAUCGAUGUGGGCCUGGGUUCCGUAACGGACCUUGACGAGGAAAAACAGUACGAAGGCUCCCCCACCGAAGUGCACCGUGGCCUGAAGUCCAGACACAUCCAGCUUAUCGCCCUAGGUGGUGCCAUCGGUACAGGUUUAUUUGUUGGGUCCGGUGGUGCGCUGGCGACCUGUGGGCCGGCCCCACUGUUGAUCUCUUACUUGAUCAUGUCGUUUUUCGUGUGGUGUCUAAUGAACCAGCUCACGGAAAUGGUGGCCUUGAUCCCACUUUCCGGUGAAGCGUCCAUGUACGCGAUGACCCGUACUUAUGUGAGCAAGCCGCUUUCGUUUAUGUGCGGCUGGAACUUGUUCUACGCUAUGGCCAUGAUUGCACCCGCUGAAAUCACCGCAUGUGCUCUAUUGAUCAAGUACUGGACCGAUGCGAACUCUGCCAUUUUUGUAUCGAUUUUUGUCGUCAUCACCAUUGCCGUUACCAUGCUUCCGGUGCGUGUUUUUGGAGAAAGUGAAUUUUGGGUAUCAACCAUCAAGCUUCUGACCAUUUCGGGCUUGAUUAUUGUAGGACUGGUGAUUUUCUUCGGCGGCGGGCCUGCCCAGCACCAUGUCCUUGGUUUCCACUACUGGAAGCACCCUGGUGCGUUCCAAGAACAUUUGGUUCCCGGGAACACCGGUAAGUUUUUGGCGGUCUGGACUGCCAUUAUUAAGAGUGGGUUUUCGUUUGUUUUGAUGCCUGAACUGGUUACGUCUUGUUCUGCUGAAUCUGUUAACCCUCGUGUUAACAUGCCAAAGGCUUGCAAGAGAUUUGUGUACCGUUUGGCCUUUUUCUACAUUUGCGGUGUUCUUGUUAUUGGUGUUGUUGUGGGAUCCAACAAUACACGUUUGCUAAACGCUUUGGCCAGCGGUGCCAGCGAUGCCGCUGCUUCUCCGUUUGUAAUUGGUAUUAAGGACGCAGGUAUCAGGGUUUUGCCUCACAUCAUCAAUGCCUGUAUCUUGACCAGUGCCUACUCUGCUGGUACUGCCGAACUAUACGGAGCCUCGCGUGUGUUGCACUCGAUGGCUAUCAGAGGCGAUGCCCCCAAGAUUUUCGGUAGAGUGAACCGUAUGGGUGUUCCUUACUACUCGACCGGAUUGGCCAGUUUGUUCUGCUUUUUGGCGUACCUCAAUUGCUCGGAUUCGGCUUCCGUUGUAUUCACCUGGUUGUCGAACAUUGCCACGAUUUCAGGGUUUGUGAGUUGGGUGUUUGUUUCGGUUACGUACAUCAGAUUCCGCCACAUUGUGAAGUACAUGAACAUCGCUGACAGACUGCCGUUCACACCAAGAUUCCAAUACCAAUUUGCGUGGGCCGGUGGUAUUUUCUUCACGGUUCUAGCCUUGACAAACGGGUACGCCGUUUUUAUCAAUGGCAACUGGAACACUAGCGACUUCUUCGCCUCCUACGUGACAAUCGGCUUUGUUGCCGUCCUGUACGUCGGCAGCACGAUUUACUACCGCGAGUUCAGGUUCAGAGACAUGGAAGAGGUCAAGGAAGACAUUUUGCCCAAGAUCGAACGUGCUGAAGAAGAAGAACGCAACUAUAUCUACCCGGUUCCUAAAAACAUGGCUGAGAAGAUAUGGACCGCGGUCAUCUGA